AUGCUGCGAUCUGGGUGCCUUCUUCUGCUGAGCGCUUGCCUCGCCAGCGCCUAUCGAUUACCCGACGACGUGAAACCGGAGCAUUACAAAUUGGAAAUAAUUUCCCACCUGGGCGAGAAGAACAACUUCGAUUUCGACGGGAAAGUCUGGAUACUGGUGACCUGCCUUCGGCCGACGCGAAACAUAACGCUGCAUUCGAAGAACCUCGACGUUCGCAAAGAAGAGAUUACGUUGAAAGAUGUGUCAGGGCACAACGGUUCCAAACCGAUGCCGAUCGGCGCCGUCGAAUUCCAAAACGAGAACGAUUUCUUGGUGAUACACGUCGACGAGCCGCUCAAGGAGCUCCGCCGGUACGAGGUGUUCAUCGAUUUCAAGGGGCGUCUCGACGACGGCCUGGCCGGGUUUUACAGGAGUAGCUACUUCGACAAAAAGUCCAGAGAGAAGAAAUGGCUGGGCGUCACGCAGUUCGAAUCGACCAGCGCCCGCUUGGCUUUUCCCUGUUUCGACGAGCCCGAAAUGAAGGCCACUUUCGACAUAAGCAUCGGAAGAAAGGAGGGCUACAGGGCUAUUAGUAACAUGCCUUUGUUCAAAACCGAACCGCUGAAAGAAAAGGAAGGUUGGUUUUGGGAUCGCUUUGAUACCUCCGUGCCGAUGUCGACUUAUCUAGUAGCUUUCGUAAUAUCAGAUUUCGACUUUAAAAUCGGCCAUCCCGUUGAUAAUAACAACGUAACGUUCAGAAUUUGGGCCAGGAAAGACGCUUUGGAUCAGGUAGAUUUCGCCGCGGAAGUUGGCCCCAAAUGUCUGGCUUACUACGAGAAAUUCUUCAACAUCGAUUACCCGUUGCCCAAGCAGGAUAUGGUGGCCAUACCGGAUUUCAGCGCCGGAGCGAUGGAGAAUUGGGGGUUGAUCACUUAUAGGGAAGCUUACCUUUUGUACGAUCCCAAAAUUUCGACAAAGACCAGCCAGCAUCACGUGGCGAGCGUUAUUGCGCACGAAUUGGCUCACCAAUGGUUCGGUAAUUUGGUAACGAUGAAAUGGUGGACGGACCUUUGGUUGAACGAAGGUUUCGCUACAUACAUGGCCAGCCUUGCCGUCGACCAUCUAUUUCCCCAAUGGAAUUCCUUGGAGGAAGAAGCGGCUGAUAAUAUGCUGGGAGUGUUCUCGUUCGAUUCCUUGAGGACCUCUCAUCCGGUUUCGGUGCCGAUCGGUAAUCCCAAAGAAAUCGACGAGAUAUUCGAUACGAUUUCGUACAAAAAGGGGUCGUCGAUACUGCGAAUGAUGAAUCUGUUCCUGGGCGAGGAGGUGGUGAGGACGGGCGUCAGUAACUAUUUGAAGAAACACAAGUUCGGCAACGCGGAACAGGACGAUUUGUGGGAAUCCCUCACCGAAGAGGCGCACAAGAGGAACGUUUUACCCAGCAAUUUGACGGUCAAACGCAUCAUGGACACGUGGACCGUUCAAACCGGUUAUCCAGUUAUCACAGUAACGCGCGAUUACGCUAUAGAAACCGCCGAAGUUAGCCAGGAACGUUACUUGAGAGACAUCAUCCACACCAAGGACGACGCCAAUCCUUGCUGGUGGGUGCCGCUGAGCUACUCGACGCAGUCGAAGCCGCAUUUCAACGUGACCACACCCGAGCACUGGUUGUCCUGUCCCAGGCACAGUCAAAUCAUCGAAAAUCUACCGGGCGAAACCGAGUGGGUGAUUUUCAACAAUCAAAUGGCCGGCAUCUACAAGGUGAACUACGACGAGAGGAACUGGAAGCUCAUCACCGAGUUCCUGCAGGGUCCCGAUUUCAAGAAGAUCCCCACGUUGAACAGGGUGCAAUUGCUCAGCGACGCCGCCGAUUUGGCGUUCGUCGGUAAUUUGAAGUACGAAGUGUUCUUCGAGAUGCUCAAGUACUUGAAACAGGAGACCGAAUACAUGCCGUGGAAGGCCGCUUUGGAGAAGACCAACGUCAUUACGAAUCAUUUGAAGAAAUCGUCGACGUACGGUCAAUACAAGGAGUACAUGAAACAUCUGUUGACGCCGAUUUACGAGAAAAUUGGAGGUUUAGAAGCUACAGUUACCAAUCCCGAGAAACUCGAUUCGAUAAAACUGCAACAACUUAUCGUCAGCAGGGCUUGUUUGUUCGGAGUAUCUAAUUGCAUUAUGCACGCCAAAAACUACUUCAGGAUGCUGCAGGAUAAUCCCAAUCAAAACGUCAUUCCGAAGGAUUUACGCGGUACGGUAUACUGUACAACAUUAAAAGACGGCGGAGAAUUGGAAUGGGACUUCCUGUGGCAGAAAUACCAAAAUUCGAACGUGGCCACGGAGAAGACGUCCAUUUUGAAUUACCUCGGUUGCACGCAGGAAAUUUGGUUGCUGAGCAGGUAUUUGGAAUGGUCGUUGAACGAUACGACGAUCAGAAGACAGGACACCGGAAGCGUUUUCGGAUCUGUGGCAACUAACGACGUUGGAUAUUUCAUAGCGAAGAACUUCUUCUAUGAGAACGUCGAUAAAAUUUUCAAACACGUGCAACCGCAUAAGAGGAGGAUUACGAGAUUUUUGUCGUCUCUGGCGAAUCAAAUGACGGAUCACAAGGACCAGGAAGAGUUUGAACACUUCAUAGAGGCAAAUCAAAAGAACUUCGCCGAUGUCAAACAGGGAGUACAACAAUCGUUGGAAACUGUGAAAAUAAACGUUCAAUGGCAACACACGCACGCCGAUGAAAUAGGUGAUAUUCUUAGAAGAUAUUCAAAAGAAAUCGCAUGA